AUGGCCUUGGCGUGCCUCAGACAGCUACCUGGGAUCCCCAUGCUGGGGAAAACGUACGACCUGCAGAGCGCCUACAGGCAAAUGUUCAUCUCUCCAGAUGACCUCAAGGAAGCGUACAUUGCCUACUUCAGCCACCGCGAGCGCAGAGUGAUCAUACGGCAGAUGCUAGCGCUCCCGUUUGGGGCGACCAGGGCAGUAUUUUCCUACUUGCGAGUGGCACACUCAAUGUGGUACAUCGGGUGUUGGGCAUUGAAGGUGAUAUGGUCACACUUCUUCGACGACUACAUAAGAGAAGUUCUUUUCCAUAACACGGAAAAGCGCAUCUUGGAAGUUGCUUCUACGCUGCGCCGUGCAGUUGAUGACCCGACCCUCACCCAGAAGGAUCUAUCACGCAUUCGGGGCCGCAUGGUCUUUGCAGGGGGCCAGCUUUUCGGAAGGGCCGGCCGGUUAUGCGUAUCCGCCCUCGCGGGUGAAAGCUGCUCGACAAAAGCAAACCUCAGCGAUGAUGCAAAGCAAGCUAUGCUUCAGUUUGCCGACCUGCUUGAAGCCAACUGGCCGCACGUGCUGAGAGAUGUGUCGGCGGAGCCUAUGUACAUCUUCACUGAUGCUUCGUAUUCCGAAAAGGAUGGAGGUACCUUUUGCGGCAUAGGCGGAGUCUGCUUCGACCACAAAGGCCACCCCCUGGGAUUGUUCUCCCAGGAGUUGUCUGUCUUUCAGAAGUGCCUUCUAGGAGAGGGCAAGUCCAGGACCAUCAUUUUCGAGGCAGAACUUGCCACAAUAGUGAUCGCAUAUGCAGCAGUGCUGCCCAUGCCUUUCAUCCGAAACUUCAGGGCAGUGCCCCGAAGCUUGGGACCCUCAUGCGGUUUGCUCACUGUUUAG